AUGUCAUCCCUUCAUUCUACUCCCAUGCAUUCCAACGAAGAUUCAAGAGCAUCAAAUAACACGUCCUCGUCGAGAAGAAAAUUUUCUCUUCCUCUCUUCCGAACCAAACAAGAAUGCGAAAAAGAGGCAAUGGAAUUUGCUUCUCAUUACAUGAUCAUUUUCGAAGAGAUGAUGAACAAUGAAGAUGCGAGACGAGUGUUCAAACAAUUUCUGAAGGAAGAGGCUCAUAAUGAAGAGCCUCUCAAUUUUCUGGAAGACCUCAAAGUUUACGAAAAAGAAUUCAAGAAGAGCAAUGAAUACUUCUUGCAAGAUGAUUCACAAAUUUCUUCGACGACUUUCAAAAGCAUCACCAAGUUGUACCACAAGGCCCACAAACUCAUUAACAAGUAUGUUAAUUUCCAUGGACAAAGUGAGCUCAAUUUGGGUCAUUCUCAAAACAUUACUUUACGAGAUUGGAACAGAAUCCAAUACUUGAUGCAACUUAUCACUUCAACGCAAGAAGAAACUUCUGUAGACACGACAGGAAGCCCUCCCACGUCACCAAAAAGCCCACGCACACCAACUUCUCCCACUGCGAUAUUCUUUCCUGUCUCCCCUGCUUCAACACCAUCUGGUACUCACAAAAGUGAACAGAAUCAAUCCAAAAAUCACUCAAAGAGAAUUAUUUACAAUAGAGAUUUGGUGAGACAAAUGAUGGAAGUGCUCGAUCCAAAACAACUGUUUGAAUCUUGCAAAGUGAAUGUGAAUUUAGAUUUGAAACUCGACCAAUUUCCACGAUUCACACGAUCACAAUGUUGCCACUUGUUUCUCUACUUCAAUGGAGAGGCAUUCGCACGCUCUAUUGCUGUAGAUAUUUCAAAAGGUAGAAAUUUGGAUGUAAGAUUUAGACCAAAGGAUUUUGAGACACAAUUAGUGACAGAUAAGGACAUUUAUUUUGCGUUUUCAAUGUGUGAAGAUAGUCCACACUGGGAUUUGGUGUAUGAUAGCAAACAAGUCAAAUUGUUUCACUCAAAAGCAAACUUUACAUUUCGCAAAGACAGUUCUUCCAUGAACCUCUCGAAAUCAGUUUUGAUUCUUCCAUUCCCUGUUGAAAAUGUAUUUAAUGCAUUUUGUCAUCGAGAUUUCAGAUUCAAGAUAAGUGAUCGACUAUUACCAGAAAGUUGUUCUCUUGAAUAUGUCCCUCCUAUUAAAUCAUUUAAAACCAAGGAUCCACAGAAGGAAUUAGUGAUUGACGAAAGAGACGAGCUAUACGAUAGUGCUUCCCCACCUCUUGGUAUUGCAUCUGGUUUCUUAGGGUUUGAUUUGAAACUUCCUUUAGUUAAGAAAAGAGUUUGUUCUGUCUCUCAAACCUGUAUCUACGAUACUCAUGCAGAGUGCAUUGUUAAUGUGGGCCAUUCAACUUUACCACUUGAUCAUUCCCAACAAUACAAGGAUUUUGCAAAUGACAAAGUCGUGAUCGACCUCCACUUCUGUAGCAUGUUUUUCCGAGUGAACAUGACUACCACUCGACUCGUUCAAGUGUGUUAUGUGGACAGCAAAUUUCCACUCAAUUCUCAAGCUCUAUCACAAAACAUCAUCACCAAACAUGCAAAAACCAUAUUUGAAAAAUUUGAAAGCGCCAUGCGCCUCUACAACAAGAGUUGUAACUCCACUCAAUCGCCAAAUGAACAUCACAUCAGCUCCUCACUUGCCUCAGAUGUGUUCAAAAUUCAACAAGCGCUCGAUGACAACUCUCGUCUGUACCCCAAUCGGUCUUGGUUCAAAGAAUACGAGUCGAGAAAGAAACAAACGGUCACACCCUCCAAUAACGAGGACAGUGUGGUGUUUCCUAGAGGCCAUUCAUCACAUGGAAAAAGUUCCUACCUGUAA